AGGUCAGAAGUCACUGAAGGGUCGCACAAUGAGGUUAAGUCAAAAGAAGUUGACUCAGAAGUAAAAGAACUUGACAUGGAAUCAUGCUGGGAUAUCCUUAUGAAAGAAGAUAGUUUAAAAAAAUUGUCAGUUUAUUUUGGUGUUCCAGAAGAAAACCAUUGGAAGUCAAAUUAUGUAUCAGCUUCAACAUUUUUUGAAAACAAAAAUGGGUUUCAUGAACACUUGUUAAGUAUCCCAACAUCGGCUGGAUUUUGUUCAAUUCUUAGACCAGAUGUUGUUAGGUUAUUGAGUCAAAACCUCUCACAGGCUCAUACAGUAGAACAAAGACGUAUGUAUCGUAAAGAGACGAGGAAAACCGGGCUUGGUACUGCCAGCUUUGAAUUGGAUAAAAAACCAAAAAUUGGGGAUGACUUUGUCAACAACUUACAUGAAGGUGCAUCUAAGGAAGUGAAGGAUAAAAUAAACAUGGCUUACAUAGCAGGCUUAAUAAGCAAUGCGGACAAAGGUUCUGCGUUAAAGAACAAAAGCACAAAGGAAAAAAGCUCGUUAUUUCUGAAAUACUUCUUGUAUGCUCUUCUGGCAUAUUUCUUGUACAGGCAGUUGUCAGAUAUGACUGUUGGACCUGGUAAUGGAGGAUUCCCAAUGGUAACUCCUGGACGAUUUGAGGUGAAUCCAGAAGAAGUAAAAGUGAAGUUUUUCUGACGUGAAAGGUUGUGAUGAGGCAAAGGAAGAAUUAGCUGAUAUUGUAGAAUUCUUGAAAAAUGGAGAAAAAUUCAAUGCCAUUGGGGCUAAACUACCAAAAGGUGUUCUGUUAGUAGGUUCACCAGGUGUGGGAAAAACUCUUCUGGCGAAGGCUGUUGCAGGUAUA